CUGCUGCAUGUCAGCCCCCGAGGCAAGAGUGGACUAGUAAGGCUAUGACACGAUAAUCGAUACCGGUAUUGGCAACUGUUAAUACUCAGGAUGCGAUCUUGGUAGAAUUUAUAAAUGGCCGGGUGGACGCUCGCGAUCAGUGUCACCCAGUGCACAAAUAACCAGAAGCAUAUUUCAUCGCAGCAAAAUGCCCUUCUCAAAUGAUCAAGCUGGUUUGAAGACCGCUGAGGAGCUGCUGGGGCUGUUCCAUAAGGUCUUUGGGCCUCAUCCGGGAUUUCGACCAGCUCAUGCCCGCGGCCUGGUUAUCCACGGGACCUUCUCACCCACUCCUGAAGCAGCCUCCCUAACGACCGCCCCUCACUUCCACGCCCCGUCCACCCCCAUCACCGCCCGAUUUUCUUCCUCCACUGGGAUCCCCGAGAUCCCGGAUACUGACCUAAACGCCAACCCACGGGGCCUUGCAAUCCGCUUCAAUCUGGGCACAGAUGCCUCUAGCAGGCGGCAGCAUACCGACAUCAUCGGCCACAGCACUCCCGUCUUUCCUGUGAAGACCGGCGCUGAAUUUCUGGAGUUCCUCACAGCAGUUGCGACGUCAGCGACAGCGGAAGAGGGUAAGCCGAAGCCGAUUGAGACGUUUUUGGGGGGGCAUCCGGCAGCGUUCAAGUUCGUCACGUUCCCAAAGCCAUUUCCGGAGAGUUUUGCAAAUGAGGCGUUCUAUAUGCUCAACGCUUUCAAGUUUAUCGAUCAAGAGGGGAAGGAGACUUUCGUGAGGUACCAGGUGCAGCCGGUGGAGGGUUUGAAGCAUUUGAAGGAUGAGGAGGUUGCCGGCAAAGGGCCGAGUUAUUUGUUUGAUGAACUACCCCAGAAGCUGGCGGCCGGCCCUGUUGAAUACAAACUGCUGGCACAAAUUGCAGAGCCGGGCGAUUCGACAAACGAUGUCACUGAGGUAUGGCCGGAGAGUCGGAAGCUAGUGAAGCUCGGAACCGUGAAACUUGAGACUGUCGAGGAGGAUCUGCUGGCGACGCAGAAGAAAAUAAUCUUCGACCCCAUUCCUAGAGUCGCGGGGAUCGAACCCUCGGAUGACCCUAUCCUUCAGUUCCGCGCAGACCUAUAUCUGCUGAGCGGUAAAGAGCGGCGUGCGGCAUAGGUGAUGCAAUUCAUCAUUCUCUUCCCUUCGAUACCGUUAUUUGAGUGUACACUUCUUCCCUAGAACCCCUUUGCCAAGUAUAGGUGUGUAGUAAACGAUCAAGCAGUGACCGAAAUGUUUUGUACUCAUGUAGCUUUUCUCAGCGGAAGCUGGAUCCGAGAAGAUAUGAAAUCUAAAGCAGCAAGCACUUUCUCAUCCUCAUA